AAUCCACUUUUGAGAUAGAUCGAUUUCCCCGGCAUUUGCAGCAGCGAAAUGGUGUAUAAAUUCAUUCCUUUUGUCAAUUCGAAACGUCAUGGGUGACAAGGACAGCAAUGGCACGGAAGUAGCUAUUCCUGUAGCUUUGAAUGCAAAUGCAGACGGAGACGAAGACGAAGACGAAAGUGUUAGCCGGAGCGGCUCAACGAGUAUCGAGGACGAUGGUAUCUUUGACGACGCCGAACAGGAUGAUAGCGACGACGGAAAUUCAAUAAAUCAUACGACUGCAACAAUAAUUCAAUUCGGUGCUGACAACGAAAUCAGAAACGGAAGUUGCGACCGAAACGGGAAGGACACUGCGAGAGAGCAACGAAAACGAAGACGUAGGGGUGCACAACGAAAAUGGUUCUACGAUCGAUUGUGUGAGUUUCGGAGGGCUUUGAAGCGGCGACGCAGACGAGAGCAAGAGAUAGAACGGCAACGGGACCCGCAACAAUUCGACGACACAGAAUUUAUUUCGGCGACUGGUUCGUUUCCUUCGGGAACGCAUGGUUCUCACCGAUUGCUCCACUCCCACCAAAGUUCAAGAAGGGAUCGCCCGAACGAACGAGACGAAAACGAACAAAGACAAAAACAGCAGCAGCGGCAGCGGCAAAUUGUGAUGACAAACAAAGACGAAGCUGUUCGAAGCAGACCGACCGAAAAUGAAAGCGAAACUAUGAACGACGUUGCUACGAAUCUCGACAAUCUUUAUGGUCAGUUUUCCGACGCAACCAAUAAAGCUUUGGAUACUAGAAAACAAAAAGACAGAUCCACGAGCACCCGCGAAGACGAAAAUCAAACAAAAACAGGUAUUCAGGAUGAUAGCAACGACCUAUCGUCAUCGUUUUUCAAAUUCGACGAACAAAAAUUGUUCCAAGUACCAAUCUUUGCACCAGGAAUCAAAGAGUCCGCCUUUCAGAAAAUUUAUGCCGCAAUGGAAGAACCUAUGAAACUCCUCGAAGAUCGUGGAUACGACGCAUAUAAAGAAUUCAUCGAGGAUUGCGACAAUAGCGUUGAGAAGAACGAUUCGGGUGGUAAACGACGAACCUACAGGGGGCGGAUAUUUCGCAACCGUAAAUCGGCAAGAACCAACCACGUUCAAAUCGCCAAACAGAAAGAAGAAUCGAUUCGAAAGAGUAUGGAAGACGCUCUUGUCAAUGGCGAUCCUCGGGAAUAUCAACGACUGAUCUUCGAGGUUGCUAAGAAACGAAAUACAAUCGUUUACCUGGGAACGGGUGCAGGCAAAACGCUGAUCGCCCUGUUGUUAAUCCGGGAAUAUUGGUCUGGGUCGUUGUCUUCGUCAUCUUCCAGGGGGAAAGACGAGACAAAUCAAAAUGCUAUACAGGGAGAAGAAUCACCAAGCAAGGAAACAAACGAUAGUAUCGAGAACGGCACUGCUACCGUAGCUCACGAAAACAAAUCCGAAAGCCCUAAAAAUGGUGAAGUGACCCACUCGAAAAAAGAGAAACAGCAAACGUUGUUUUUGGUCCCAUCUGUGGCGUUAGCAAUCCAACAGAGCUUAACACUAAGAGCAAAUUUACCGCAACUGUGCAUUGAAACGGCUUGCUAUGCUACUGCGAGUUCCAAACGAGCACGUGCCUCUCUGGAAAGGUGCGAAGUGAUUGUGGCAACACACGGAGCGAUCCAAGACUUGUUCAUGCACUACGGAGACUCAUUUUCUAUGGAUCGACUCAACUUGCUUGUGAUAGAUGAGUGUCAUUACGCUGCCAGCGGGAAUCACGCGUACCGUCAUCUUAUGGAGAAAUUCUAUCGUCCCAUUCAAGCGGAUCGACGUCCUCGAGUAUUGGGACUGACAGCAUCCCCACUCCUGAACGUCAAGGAAAACCACUCCGACGGACAGUUGACAGCCAUGCUCGAUUCUUUASAGUCUGUUUUGGAUUCGAAAAUGCUAAGUGCAGCGGGUUUGAUAGCACCACAUAGGAAGAAACAAAAAGAGGGAUCGGAAACAACUUCUUUGACACCAAUCUUACACAGCACGAACAACAUUUUGCAUCGAGUCAUCGACGAGCGGUCAAUGGACUAUUACGGGACCAACCAGAAUCGCACUAUUCCGUCCACCGAUAACCUCGAUUUGCUCCCGUCUAGACAUCGCGAAUUCAAACAGCUCGAACAUCUUUAUAGGGAUCUGGGGCCCCUUGUAGUAUCAAUUUAUUCCUCUGUUCUGAAACGAGAAUUAUCCAGAAAUAUUUUUGAGAAUGAGUCGACACGUCGAUUUGAUCUUGCCGUGGGACAUCUACAGAGAAUCGAAGAUUUUUGCAAUCGAGAGAUCAAAGUUUUGCCAAACAUGGGUAGAAAUGAUAAAUUACUGGCACUGGAAGAACUCGUCGAGACGCUCAUAGAAGAGAAAGGUACGAAGACUAUCGGACUCGUUUUUGUGGAACGCCGGGCUACCGCAAUCGCACUGCAAUGUUAUUUUGUAUGGAGAAACGAACAAAUUCAUGACUGGUCUACUCAAAGAGGGGCGAAGACAUGGGUGUUUGCGAAAGAAGCUCGACGGAAUAGAUGCAAAUCAGAUGAUUACUUUGAAAUGAAUAGUUGUCGAAAGAGAGCCGACCAGGUUGUCAAAGAUGACGAUUGCGAUGAUAACCAGUUUGAUGAUUCGAGCGAUGAUCCAUUUCAUCAGUUCCAAAAAAGAAAGGAAGCGCGUAAAAAAACGAAAAUAGUCGAUAUGGAUUGUAAGGGCGAAUUGGAAGAUAGCGCCACCGAUCACUUCAAUGCAACGAAUCAAUUUAUGGAUGCUGACAGUUGUAGUUCGGACGCAUGGAAAGAUAGUCCAAAGCAAAGCUUGAAAAAUGAUUUCUUCGAAACCCAUGGUGAGUGCAGUCUUAUUCAUUGACUUCACCCUUGUUUAUCUUUCUUCCUGCACAAAAAUUUCACAAAGUUUCAAAUUCUUUGUUUGUGAUUGAUUAGGUCGUGUUGCUCUCAAGCCGGUGGCGUUGGUACGGAACCCCAUUCAUAUCUUCAACUCAUUGAGUAUUCACCAAAAGAAACUGAAAGAAGCUGAGUUGGCAGACCUAAACAAAAUUUGGGUUCAUCGAGAAUCGAAUGUUCGGGAUGUAUUGAGCAGGCUGCGAAGUGGACAUGUCAAUAUAAUGUUUGCAACAUCGGUCGUYGAGGAAGGAGUUGAUGUGCAGUCGUGUUCACUUGUAGUCGCAUUCGAUGGGAUCAGCAGUAUCAAGGGCUAUAUUCAAAUGAAAGGGAGAGCUCGAAAGCAAGAUGCGAAAUUUUACGUAUUUGGGGAUCCAUACAAGAAGAUACGAUCAACACUCGAGCUUCGCGUUGCUCAAAGGAUGGAAUGUCGUAUUGAAAAAGUUAUAGAGAAGCGGAUGGGCCUUUACGCUCCCACAAUGCAGGCCUUAUCGUCUCAUCACAAAAAUAGUGAUUGCGCUGCGCUUCUUCAUAAAGAAUUUGCAGCUAUUCAAGCUGGUGUGUACAAGGUCGAAGAUGCCACGGUUGAUCUUCAAUCCGCCAAGUCGCUUGUAUAUCGCUAUUUUCUUUCAGUUCCUCUAGAUCCUUUCGUUCGUUACAAGAAAGAAAGCCUUCUUCAGUACAUGCCUUUCUUCGAAAGUGACAGUCUGGUUCUACCUGUCCACCUACCAAGUGAAAUUCGGACUGUGACACUACCAUCGAAGUACAGUAAUUCAACAUGGCGGGAAAAACAAAAACUAUUAUGUCUAAUGGCAUGCGUGCGACUCCACCACCACGGGCUUCUUAAUGAAAGACUACUUCCCCUUACAAGGAAGGACAUGCAACAACGCGUUUUGCGCAUCGCGACUCAAGACCUACAGCAGAAAGAUACUGUUCCUCUCGAUUUGGAUGGUGUCUACAACAAUGAAAAACGACAGUUGGUGAUUUACCCUGUGAAUGAAGAAAGUAGUCUUCUCUCAAAUUACCGCCGCAAACUCAAUGGAAAAGGUCACUCUUUGGGGCUAAUUACAAUGGAACCAAUUAGAGAAAUGUUGCCAUUUCGUACAUAUCAUAAAGAAUUCGGAAAGGUCAGCAUUUCGUUUGGAGAACCAAUACUUGAAUACUGUUCGAGUUCUGAGUUUGAGAUCCUGCAAGAAACGUUUGCUUUACUCAUGAAUUCAAGAUGGAGCCGAAAGAGUCGCAACGUAUCUUAUGAAACACGCAGUCAAGAUGAAUACGAGGCUACKAUCCUACCAUAUCUAGUCGGAAUUAUCUCUUCAAAUGGCAAUUUGGAUUGGGAUUUUAUGACGACAUUGCUUGAUGAAAGCAAGAGAUCCAUUGAAAAUCGCACCCUAGCAGCUCGCAGUUUUUCAUCAACCACACUGAUGUCGCAACCAAGGAUAUGGUCGCCUACUUAUAGCAACGGCAUUACAUAUGUUGUUUUUGGCCCAACUGGCAAGCUUUGUGGUGCACCGGUUCCGUACAAGAUGGACGGUGUCAAGACUUAUUGUGACUACUUUCAGAAGAAGUAUUCAAUAGAUUUUGAAAAAAAUUCUCCUCUCUUCCGAGGGCACAGACUUUGGUCGCUACCUUCCGGAUAUAUUAAAAAGCAUGAAGCACACGGCGGUGUAUCCGAUUCAGAAAACGUCGACUAUGACAUGAUAGAUAUUCCACAGCAAGCAUUUGUUGAAGAGCCUUUAGCGAAUGCUCACAUUGUAUCUUUAUGUUUAUUUUUGCCUCAAGUUCUUUUCAAUUUUGAGCAGGAGCAAAAAACAGAAGCUUUCAUAAAGCAUUGCGAAGUUUGCAUUCCUACUCUAGGAGCUUGUUUCAAGCAAUUGGAAUUUUCCAUGGUCAAAUUAGUAAUGACAUCAAAGAGCUGCAAUGCCAGCGAAAAUUACGACAUUUAUGAAUGGGUCGGAGAUGCUGUUCUUAAACUUCUGCAGACUGAUUCAAUUUUAAGUUCUCCAAAGUUGAAGCACUUCGUUAAAUUUCUUCAUGAAGGCGACCUAUCGAUGCUUCGUUCUGGUAAGUUCAUAAUUCUGUUUCCAUUCUGUUGUUAUUGUAUUUUCAUAACUGAUCUGUGUCCUUUUUUUUCAGGAAUGGGUACAAACAAUAGACUGAAGCAGGUAAAUCCUUGAUGCGCGAUCCAAAACGUGGCCCACAUGUUUGUUCGCUCGAAUUUUAUUUCUCAAUUUCAUUUUCCUGCUAUUAUUCUAGAUUUGCACACAUCUGCGGCUGGACGAGUUCAUCAUGAUGACGCCAUUAUCGCGGGGAGUGUGGGUGCCAUCCCCGUUGCAAAUUUACCAAACCACCAAUAAAAGAAUCGCUGAACCACUUGGAGGGCGCAUGAAACUGCUUGCAGACGUUGUUGAAGCAAUCUUAGGUAUUGUUUACAUUGAAUUUGGAUAUCAUAGAAGCAUUAAGGUAGGGAAUGAACUUCACGUGACGCUGCCUUGGGAUGAGAAUGAUAGAAGUGUAGCUUGUGGCGAGAUUGGGGAUGUAGAUAAUAACUUGUUGGUGGAUGUUAUCAAAAAGUGCACGGGUCAUGCCAAAGUCUUUGAUCGUCCCAAAGUAGUUUCAGAAGCUUUCACUCAUCCAUCGGCAAUCGAUGCAUCAGUUCCUUCUUACCAGCGACUGGAAUGGAUAGGAGAUGCUGUACUAUGUCUAUGCACUAGGGAAUGGUUGUUUAGAAAUUUUGGAGACAGGCUUGAGGUUGGUGACUUGGUUAUGUUAGAAGGCGCUAUUGUAUCAAACGAAACUCUUGGUUUCAUAAGCAUGAAGUGUGGCCUUCAGCAAUAUCUAAAUCAUCGUGAUCUUAGCCUUCCAAAGCGAAUUGAAUCGUAUUGCUGGAAACUAAAGGACGGAUGUGGCUUUUGGGGCGGUGGUAUGUUCUUAUAUUUACAUACAGUGCGAGGCAAGGCUGAGUGCACACUUAAAGCAUUCAUGCUCGCUGAAAGACUAACACGUUUAUUUUCUUUGAACGAUCUGCAUGCGCUUUUAAAACAUAUUUAGACCCACCGAAGCCAAUUGCUGACACCGUUGAAGCCGUUCUCGGUGCAAUCCACGUGUCUAGCGACUUUAAAUCUGGCCAAACCGCUACAUUGAAAUUAAUGUCACCCAUUUUUUCAGUAAUAAAAAAAGCAUCAGACGACGGCAUUGAGAGAUUUGGGGAAGUUUUGAGGGCGAUAAAACACCCAAAGAAGUCGUUACAAGAGAUUAGUGGACAAAUUUUUCAGGUUAUAGUGUGUUCGGAACACGAAUUUGCGUCAUUCUUUGAAUACGAAGAUGAGAUUGUGCCUACGUCAACUGCGGCCCCAUUGGUACCCCAAAUUUUACACAAAAACGAAUGGAGGAAUCCCGCACGUGGUAAUGGAGAACAUGAAGGAUGUUAUGUUUCGUUUAUUUCAAUGCUUGGAUACCCACUUGUUGCAGUUGCCGACGAAAGUAUCACCGAUGCGCGCAAUAGGGCAUCCUCACUUAUGAGAGAGGCUAUCCAAUGUAAUCCUACGCUACAAAAUCGGAUAAAAAAAUAUCGAUCCAUCGUUGAAAGGAAUCUGACAUUAGCAGGUAAACGCCAAAAUGAGAUGACUGUAGCAAGAGCUAAUGGAUUUCACAACGAGUGAAACCGGUUUUUGGUGUAAUUUUGGCUCGAUACAAAAAGUGGUUUCAAUUGAUAUGGAAGUCGCAAUACCACUCAUGAAUAGGACUAGAAGAAUCUAACGAGAUUAGUGUGAAAGUCUUGCUUCCUCGCAGAAUCGAUCAAUCUAAUGAUUGGACAUUGCCAAAUUUUAUACUUUAAUCAUC